AUGUCACCUUAUCCUCAUCGCCCCAACAAACCAUUGGAAGCAGAAGCAGCAGCAGCAGCAGCGGCGAUGGAGGCUCUUCUCAUAAACCCAUCUCUCUCUCGCUUAAAGUCCCUCCGCCUUCCCUUUCCCCUUCCUCUUUCCUCCCUCACUCCGGCCCCCAUCUCCUUCCUCCCCCUCCAUCGCCCCCACCGCCUCCGCCUCUACGCCUCCCAGGACCACUCGCCCCUUUCUGUGCAGCCUCUGGACCAGCGUGACGAAGAGGACUACGGCGAGGUCAACCGGAUCGUCGGCAGCCGCACCGUCCGCUUUCCCCUCUUCGAGGACGAUGGCUCCGUCUCCACCCAAACCGCUGUCGAGUAUCUCAUCGAGUGGAAGGACGGCCACGAUCCUUCCUGGGUUCCCUCCUCUGCCGUCGCCGCUGACGUGGUCGCCGAGUACGAAAACCCCUGGUGGACCGCCGCCAAGAAGGCCGACACCGCGGCCCUUUCCUCCCUCCUCUCCGACCCCGGCUCCUCGCGGGACCCUGACGCCGAGGAUUCCGACGGCCGCACCGCGCUUCACUUCGUGGCGGGCCUGGGGUCGGAAGAGUGCAUCCGCUUGCUCGCGGAGGCCGGGGCCGACGUGAACCGGGCGGAGCGUGCCGGCGGGGGAUUGACCCCGCUCCACAUCGCGGCUGGUUACGGGCAGCCUGGAGCGGUGCGGGCGCUGCUGCUGGCGGGAGCAGAUCCAGAGGCGUUAGACGGGAAGGGGAGGACCCCGCUGGAGCUGGCGCGGGAGGUUCUCGCGGCGACUCCGCCUGCGGCGAUCGGGCGGCGAGUGGGGCUGGAAGCGGCAGCGACGGAAGUGGAGGCGGCGGUGUACGAGUGGGCGGAGGUGGGCAGGAUCAUCGAAGGGCGGGGGAAGGGCAAGCGCAGAGAGUACCUAGUAGAGUGGAGAGACGGCGGCGAGAGGGAGUGGGUCCGGGCGGCAUUGGUUGCGGAGGACUUGGUUGCGGACUACGAGGCGGGGCUGGAAUACGGGGUAGCGGAGGCGGUGGUAGGGCGGCGGAAGGCUACGGAGGGGGAAGGGUGGGAGUACCUGGUGAAAUGGAUCGACAUGGAGGAGGAAACAUGGGAGCCGGAGGAAAACGUCAACCGGGAUCUGAUAGAGGAGUUCCAUCGGAAGCAAGAAAAACCCGCAAUAGCGGAGGUGAGCGAUGAGGACGGCGGCGGCGCGAGCAAGGAGGAGAGCGCUGUGAUCGGGUGAGGUAGGCAGGUGCGUGGUUGUUUUUUUUUGCGAGUUGUCUCGUUAGUCUACUUUAUCGCCUGAAAAUACUAAUCUCCUAUUCUGAUUCAAUCUUUCCUUAAAUUUUCAUAAUAAGGAGGUUUUUCUGCCAUCAUGUAUCUCUAAAAUUAUCACUGAAAUUGAGUGUCUUACCGAACUCAUGGGUCA